AUGACGCUCUAUUACAGCCUGGUAUUCGUCCUUCUGGUGACGGAGAUGGUCUUGUUUAUAGCCCUUAUCAUCCCGAUGCCAUUCACAGUCAAGCGGAAAAUGUUCAAUUUCAUCUCUGAAAGUCCAAUUGUAGCCAAGAUACAAUAUGGCAUGAAGAUCACCUUCAUCUUCAUUCUCAUUCUAUUCCUCGACAGCGUCAACAGAGUCUACCGCGUUCAGGUGGAGAUGGCAGCUUUGUCAAAGGACACCACUGGUGCAGGACGAGCAGCAGCAAUAGGUUCUGAGCGCAUGGAGGUUCAAGCCCGCAAGUUCUAUUCUCAGCGCAACAUGUACCUGACCGGCUUCACACUUUUCCUCUCCCUCAUUCUCAACCGCACCUACGGCAUGAUCCUUGAUGUCCUUCGUCUCGAAGAGAAGGUCAAGAUGUACGAGGGGGAUAAGCGUGCCGGCGGCAAAGAAGGGGAGAAACUCAGCGGAGAAUAUCGAGCCGACCAGAUUGGCGAACUCAAGAAACAGCUUCAAAAGAAGGACAAAGAGCUGGAGGCGAUGAAGAGUCAAGCGCAAGGUCUACAAAAGGAAUACGACGAGUUGAGCGUCAAAUACAACCAACUGAACCCGAGCGGUGGCGACAAGAAGAGCAACUGA